AUGACUGACCAAGCUGCCCCCGACGACAGAAACACGGACUCAUAUGCCGGCGUGGCCAGCAUCUACGAACGGGCAUGGACAGUACCAGCCAGCAUCCCACUUCUGAACCUCUUCGAUAGACUCCUGGCCUCACAUGGUCCCUUAGUCUACCCGCCGCGCAUCCUCGAACUUGCGUGUGGGACCGGCUUUCUCCUUCGCCGAGCUCGCAAAGCCCUGCGACCAGACUAUGUCGUCGGCGUGGACAUCUCAAAUGACAUGAUCACGGAAGCCCGAAGCAUCGAGGCAGAAGCCUCUUCCAUGCCUGACCACAGCCUAGCGCCCAUCGACUUCCUCGUCGCUGAUUGCGCACGAUCGAUUGCGGCCUUGGCAGGUCAAGAGGACGAGUUCGAUUUCGUGAUGGCUAACUUCUUGUUUAACUAUGCGAAAACCGAAGAAGAGAUGGCUCGGAUGUGGCGGAAUGCUGCGAGGUAUCUGAAGCCAGGUGGCAAGUUCCUAGCAACGACGCAGUCGUUUGACGCGUUUCCUGUGUCCGUGAGAUGGAACAAGUAUGGCAUGCAUGUCACAGCGUGUGAGGGAGAGGACAGCAGCACCGAUAGCAUUGCAGCGAAACAGAAGCUGAACUUCGGGUGGCCAGGGCAUUUUCAGGUAGAAUUCGAAUCGUUCAUGAUAACUGAUCAGGCGAUCUGGGAAAGGACAGCAGCGGUAGCGGGCUUUGAGGAUCUCGAGUUUCACAAAUUCGGGAAAGAGGAUGUACCUUUGAGCGUGAGAACACCGGAAGGCGAAAAGGGAAAGGACGACAUGGGAUACUGGAGCGAGCUCAUUGAGCAUCCCUUCAACCUGAUCAUGACAGCCCGCAAAGCUCGCUAA